CCACUCGGCUCCAUCCUGGGGACCAGAGCAGGCGCGGUUCUCUCAGUAGCCAGCCUUCCCUUCCGCCGGUCCCUCCCCCUAGCCACCUCUGGGCCUGGGCCCAGGAGCCGCCAGGGGCGACACGGAGCCGCCAGCGCCGGAGGGGGAGCCGUGGGGUCGGGGCAGCGUUGGGGCAGAAGCCCCAGGACGUCCGCCCGGCCCCAGGCCCCGCUCAGCCCGAGCUCCCCCCCGGGUGCCCCCUCCUGCCUGGCCGGAGCCCUGUGAUUGUGCCCGGGAGCCCAGUGGGGUAGAAGUGGCUGCAGGCUGGGGGAGCCGAGCAGUGGGGGCAAGUGCCAUGCACAAACAUCACCACUGCUGCGAGUGCCCGGAGUGCUACGAGGCGACUCGCCUGGCUGCUCUCAGGCGCCUCGAGCCACCUGGCUACGGGGACUGGCAGGUGCCUGACCCCUACGGAGGCGGGGGCGGCAAUGGGGGCGGCGGGGGAUAUGGGGGCUAUAGCUCCCAGACCCUGCCCUCCCAGGCAGGGGCUGCCCCCACCCCUCGGGCCAAAGCCAAACUCAUCCCCACAGGCCGGGAUGUGGGGCCUGUGACCCCUAAACCUGGCCCAGGCAAGAGCACCCCCAAACUCAAUGGCAGUGGCCCCGGCUGGUGGCCCGAAUGCACCUGCACUAACCGCGACUGGUAUGAACAGGCCAGCCCUGCACCCAUCUUGGUGAAUGCAGAAACCUUGGAACCCAGUCUUUCGGUAAAUGGAAGUGAUGGGAUGUUCAAAUAUGAGGAGAUUGUGUUGGAGCGGGGGAACUCAGGCCUGGGCUUCAGCAUCGCAGGGGGAAUUGACAACCCACAUAUCCCUGAGGACCCUGGCAUCUUCAUUACCAAGAUCAUCCCAGGCGGGGCAGCUGCCAUGGAUGGGAGGCUAGGGGUGAACGAUUGCGUGUUGAGGGUGAAUGAGGUGGAUGUCUCGGAGGUUGUCCACAGCAGAGCUGUGGAAGCCCUCAAGGAGGCCGGCCCUGUCGUGCGCCUGGUGGUACGAAGGAGGCAGCCGCCGCCUGAGACGGUAGUGGAGGUCAACUUGCUCAAGGGGCCCAAAGGCUUGGGCUUUAGCAUUGCAGGUGGUAUUGGGAACCAGCACAUCCCUGGAGAUAAUAGUAUUUACAUCACAAAAAUCAUUGAGGGAGGUGCUGCCCAGAAGGAUGGACGACUGCAGAUUGGGGACCGGCUGCUGGCGGUGAACAAUACCAACCUGCAGGACGUACGGCAUGAGGAAGCUGUGGCAUCCCUGAAAAACACAUCGGACAUGGUCUAUCUAAAGGUGGCCAAGCCAGGCAGCGUGCACCUCAAUGACAUGUAUGCAGCACCUGACUACGCUAGCACUUUCUCUGCCUUGGCUGACAGCCACAUAAGCCAUAACUCCAGCCUGGGCUAUCUAGGGGCUGUGGAGAGCAAGGUCAGCUAUCCUGCUCCUUCACAGGCUCCCCCAGCCCGCUACUCUCCCAUCCCUCGGCACAUGUUGGGUGAGGAGGACUUCACCAGAGAGCCCCGGAAGAUUGUUUUGCACAAGGGCUCCACAGGCCUGGGCUUCAACAUUGUAGGUGGAGAAGAUGGAGAGGGCAUUUUUGUCUCCUUCAUCCUGGCUGGAGGCCCGGCUGACCUGAGUGGGGAGCUGCGCCGAGGAGACCGGAUUCUCUCCGUGAAUGGUGUGAACCUGAGAAAUGCCACCCAUGAGCAGGCCGCAGCGGCCCUGAAGCGGGCAGGACAGUCGGUCACCAUUGUGGCCCAAUACAGACCGGAAGAAUACAGUCGCUUUGAAUCCAAAAUCCACGACUUGCGGGAACAAAUGAUGAACAGCAGCAUGAGCUCCGGAUCUGGCUCCCUUCGGACCAGUGAGAAGAGGUCUCUCUAUGUCCGGGCUUUAUUUGAUUAUGACCGGACCCGGGACAGCUGUCUGCCAAGCCAGGGGCUCAGCUUCUCUUAUGGUGACAUUCUGCAUGUCAUUAAUGCUUCUGAUGAUGAGUGGUGGCAGGCCAGACUGGUCACCCCCCAUGGGGAGAGUGAACAAAUUGGUGUGAUCCCUAGCAAGAAGAGGGUGGAAAAGAAAGAACGAGCCCGAUUAAAAACUGUGAAGUUCCAUGCCAGGACAGGGAUGAUUGAGGCUAACAGGUCGAUCAAAACGAAACGUAAAAAGAGUUUUCGCCUCUCUCGAAAGUUUCCAUUUUACAAGAGCAAAGAGAACGUGACCCAGGAGAGCAACGGACAGGAACAGGUAUUUGAGCUUUCAGAGACCCACCAGGAAGUUUUACAAGUCCUCUUGAGCCAAAGUGCCACGUGCUGGCCAGGGUCCCCGUGGAAGAUCUUUCCUUCUGGGUAUUCCCUUUCAGGCCUGGGCCUUGGUACUAGCAGUGAAUUUGCAAAGGGCGUGACAUCCAACACCAGUGACAGCGAAAGCAGUUCCAAAGGACAGGAGGACACAAUUUUAUCCUAUGAGCCAGUGACACGGCAAGAAAUUCACUAUGCAAGGCCAGUGAUCAUCCUGGGCCCCAUGAAGGACCGAGUCAAUGAUGACCUGAUUUCGGAGUUCCCACAUAAAUUUGGAUCCUGUGUACCACACACCACUCGGCCUCGAAGAGAAAAUGAGGUGGACGGUCAGGACUAUCACUUUGUGGCGUCCCGGGAGCAGAUGGAAAAAGACAUCCAGGAGAACAAGUUCAUAGAAGCAGGGCAAUUCAAUGACAAUCUCUACGGCACCAGCAUCCAGUCAGUCCGAGCUGUGGCAGAGAGGGGGAAGCACUGCAUCUUAGAUGUGUCUGGCAAUGCCAUCAAGCGGCUGCAACAAGCCCAGCUUUACCCCGUUGCUGUUUUCAUCAAGCCCAAGUCUGUGGAGGCCCUCGUGGAAAUGAACCGAAGACAGACAUAUGAACAAGCAAACAAGAUCUUUGACAAGGCCAUGAAACUCGAGCAGGAGUUUGGCGAGUACUUCACAGCCAUUGUACAGGGUGACUCACUGGAGGAAAUUUAUAACAAAAUCAAACAAAUUAUCGAGGACCAGUCUGGGCACUACAUUUGGGUCCCAUCCCCUGAAAAACUCUGAAGACCAUCACCUCCCCUCGCCUCCUCCCAACCCUUCCCCCCAAACCAUUGUGAGCAAAACCCAAGCCCCCUCCUUCCUGUCCCUCCAGGGAGAACAAAUGACUACUGUUCCUGUCCCCUUUUUUAGAUCUGUUGCAAAAUUGAGUUUUCUAGUCCUGUUUCUUUUUGUUGGGAUGAUGUCAUCUCGCUCAUCACGUGACUAUGCCCAUUCCUGCAUGGACCUUCCCAGGAGCAGCUCAGGCGCCACUCCAUCAGUCAUUGUUUUUCUUUACAAGCCAAGCAGCAGAGAAGAAGGCUGAGGGAUUGUCAAUAGACUCAGGACAGAAAACCUGGAUUUUGAAAUGGGCUCCACAUGCCAACGAGCUCCCAGGGCAUUUCUCCUACAUCUGUGUCACUGUCUUGAAGCUCUGAACAGUGCGAUGUAAAUGGCAACUGAAAGCAUCUUAUUUAUAUGUAUAUGUAAUUUAUAUAAAAUAUAUAGAAAUUAUUAUAUAUAUAUAUAUAUAUUAUACACCAACAUUUUAUAUAUAUAUAUAUAUAUAUAUAUAUAUGUAUACACACACAAGCUGGACUAGAAAACCCUUUAGGGACUUUACUGACGGUACUGAAGGAUCUCUUAACUUUCUGACACCCAAUUGGCAGGAAAGUGAUAGAAAAUGGUACAAAACGUGGUGGAUGCCCCACGUGCUCAUCCAUCCUCCUGAGAGCCAAGCUUUGUUGUCUCUUCCACAGGCAGGGGUGGGGGGGGGUCAGCCGCCCCACCAGACUUGUUUGCAUGGAGGUUUCCUUUUGUUUGUUUUCAGCUGCUCUAAAACCAAAACCACAGUGUGCUCCUUGCUGUGUCCGCCUUUUCAUGAUUUUGGAUGUCACCUUUACUAACUGAGCAUCUCAUUGUACAAUGUUGUGAGGCCAGUAUAAGGCCAGGCCCUGGGGGCCAAUGUUUAGCUGCCAAGGAUACAGAAGGCUCCCAGGGGCUGGUGGGGGUGAGAUAAUGGAGCAGGGAGCUGUUCUUUCCCUUUUGUACUGGGGCAGUGAAGAAGCAGCUCUGACUACUUAGGACCUGAAAGGUUCAACACUCCACUAAGCCUUUAUUCCACCCCCUCACCAGCAGCUGCUUAGCUUACUGUUACUUUGGGAGGAAAGUAGACUCAAAUUGGGCACAUUUGAGCUGCAGAGCUACAUCCAUGUAACAGUGAGAAAUCAAGCCUCCUUGCUUUUCCCCAGGGCAUACGCCCACAACUGCCAUCAGUGGCAGCAACAGCAGCAGAAGCCCUUUCCUGAUAGGCCUGACCAGAGCAAAACAAAAAGCACAGACGGGGCUCUAUCCCUAUUCUCCCCCUGAAGGCCAGGUACCUGGCUAAGGUAGGUAACCUUGCCGUGUCUCACUCUUACCCACUGUGGACUGGUGACGCAGGGAAGAUGUGGGAGUAUCUGGACCCCAGAGCUGGUGCACUGUACCCCACUUUCCUGGCCCAUGGCAGCUGGAACACUGUAAAUACCGCCCCCCCCCAGUACUUAAGACAGUUAGGAACUCCUAGCCAAAUUUCGGAAACAUAUUAAACUGUUAUUCUACCAGCAACAUAGACUAGCUGUCCAAGGCUGGGGUGCCAGGGGAAAGGAAUAGCAGCUUUGCCUGGGCACUAUACUGGGGCCAGGGAAGGGAGGGAUUAGCAUAGAAAGGCAGCUUCCUUGCUGUGACCUACAAUGCAUUUUCUGGCCACAGCUCGCUCCCUCCCAGAGAAGAAAGGCAAAGACUAAAAGUAACCUUGACACUAGUUGGUUUACCCUGUUCCUUCCAAGGAGACGUAUAUUUUUUAAUAAACAAUAGUUGGCAAUGAA